CUCAUAAAGAAAUGGCUUUACGUCUAUGCAAAGUAUUUAGUGAACCUAUCACUAUGAGAAUAUAUAUUUUUUUGACCCUCUUCGUAAUUAUUGGCUGUAGCGCUCGUGAAUGGUACAAGAAAAACUUUCGUCCAAACCACCAUUGCCUGAUUAGAAAUAGAUACAGGCACGAGUCGAGCUGUAGAGGGCCACGUCGUAUAUUUUUCACCUUCCAUCGGAUUAUCUAUGACUGUGCCACGGUAUACACCAAGUGUCCAAAGGUGCAUAGAUAUAACGAAUACCAUCUCAAGUCAAAUUGUCGGAAUGACUGCAUGUUUUACAUGCAGCGUCCAACCUUAGCCCCAACCGAAGCUCCCGCGCCAGCCGCCCCUGGAGGAGCCCCUGGAGGUGCUCCUGGAGGUGCUCCUGGAGGUGCCCCUGGAGGUGCCCCUGGAGGUGCUCCUGGAGGAGCUCCUGGAGGCGCGACGAAAGAUAAAGACAAACCAGAUAAAGAUAAAGACAAACCAGACAAAAAUAAAGGUUUCGAGGAUCCUAAACACAGCGAGGAAGACAUUGAAAAAGGCCCUGCGGGAACUGGAAGACCUGGAAGACGUUCCCAACGUGGUUUUGAGCCUCCGUUUGAGCCACCGGUUGCGCCUAUGGUUGAGCAUCCCCUUGAGCCCCCUCCCUUUGAAGAUCUACCCCCAUGAGGUGGAGAUGAGGCCGCUACCCCAGCAAAGAGUCGAUGAAAAGAAAUGCAUCACAUAUCAUAACCCUUAAAAUAACCUAAAAACCACACCGACUAGGGAUAAGAUCCUGAAAAUGGUUAGAAAAUGCUUCCAGUUUCGCCUCUUUUGUCGACUUUAUAUAAAAAUAUACAAUGAAAAAUUUAAUUUAGAAAAUUCUAUAAAG